CAGUCAUUCAAACCUUGGCAAAAAAAGGAUGAACAUGUCAAGACAUUAUGCCUAGUCCUAGGGAUUGGCGUAGUUCUGCAAAUUUCAUCACUUUGUGGAAACUUAUUUGCAGAGAAGUACUCAUAGAUGUCACUAGCUCACGGAUAUGGCAUGCGUCCCUCUGUUCAAUAAGCAACAGUGCUAUAAUUUUGAAGUUUUAGUGAAGCUGCAUAGUUUGACAGCUGUUCCUUACGUUAACUCUGUCACUUUUGCAAAGCUUCGGCUUUUGAACAGUCGAAAUUCUGCUCAAUAUUCUCCUAGAACUGAAAUUCGAAAUAAUAUUGUAACUUGGAAUAGUGAACAUCGAUUCCAUUGCAAAUUCAAAAGCAAUACUGAGACAACUAUUUUAGAUUCAAACAUCCUAAAGGUGUCUAUCCGCAUGGAAACAAAAGGUGGCAAAUCAUUUCAUAAAGUUGGCUUUGUCAAUAUCAACUUAUCAUGUUUUGCUGCUGUUGGGAAUGUAAUCAACCGUCGUCGGUAUAUUUUAGAAGGUUAUGAUGAGAAACGUAAACGUCAGGACAAUUCUCUUUUAUCAAUUUCAUUUUGUCUCCGACAGUUGACUGGAGAUAAUUGUUUUCGAACACCAAAAGAAGAUUUAAGCAACUGUUUAAUUGAACCGCCAGAUUUUAUUGAGCUACCAGAAACUGAUUGUGAAGAAACAAGAGAAUAUUCUAUGACCGAUUGUACAUUAAUGAAUAGUUCACAUAAUACAACUGUUGCUUCUACUACCAAUAAUAACAAUAAUAAUAAUAAUAAUAAUAAUAAUAACAAUACUAAUACUUCACUUGAAAAUCAAGAUUCAAUAAAUAUUUUAAAACCUUUAGAUGAUAAUAGUUCAAUGAAUAAUAAUAAUACAUUAAGCAAUAACCCAUUAGAUAUAUUACAUUCAUUAAAUUUGGAUACAAUACCAUCAUCUUCUUGUAUAUUAUUAUCUACUUCACCUUCUUCAUUGUCAUCCAUUUCAACUCCAGCGCCAUUAUCAUCUAUUGCUGGUAGAUUAUCACCAAAAGAUACUCAUCCGUCUACCUCAUUUAGUUAUUUUCAAAUACCUUCACAGGAUAAUUCAUCUAUAUAUCCUGUUGGAUCCAGUGGUUGUGUUUCAAAGUCAUCAGUUUGUCAACAUGAUUUAAUUUCUUCACAAACAAAUAUCAAUCAGUCAUUAAAUACUUUUAAACAAUCAGAUCAAUUACAAUCAUUUUAUGCUGAUAGGUUAUCUAGUUCAAGCUCUGCAACGCCUAUUUCCAAUUCCACAUCAUCUACUCCAUGUUCAAUGUCAAAGGGUAGUUCAUUGUUUCGAUCGCCACUUACUCAGCUAUCAGACAAAUCAAUAGGAUCAACCUGUGUCAAUCCACAACAACAACAACAGCAGGAUAUGACAACAACAGAUACAACAGCAGUGAUUGAAUUAGACAAACAAUUGUCUAAUAUUAUGCAUGAUAAACCUCGUUCUGGUCCGAAUGUUACAUUUAAUAUGUAUAAUCCAGAUAAUGUAACUUGUUAUUCUUUACCGAAUCGUCAUCAUCAUCUGCCUAAUCUAUGUAUGACCAUUGAUACUCCGUUUGAUGAGAAUAGACAAAAUGUUAAUAUUAUUGAAAAUGACCCUAGUAGUAAAUAUUGUAAUUAUGGUAAAAAGUCAUAUGACUAUUUUGCCACAGAUAGUGUUCUUUUAAUACGAUCCUCUAGACGACGUAGAAUUCGACCGGAUUUACCAUCAAUGAAUACUGAUUCGAAAAUCACUGAUCCUUCCUCUCCUAAUGCUUCUGUAGAUACUGCUGAUCCAUCUACUUCUAAAUCGAAUGCAUCAGAUUGUUUAAAACCUGAAAAUGACUCUUCACUAUCAUCAAUUUCUUCAUCGACAGCUACUGCACCUACUGCAACAGUCGGUGUAGCACGAUUAGUGUCUAAAAGUGGUAUCUCAACCGAUUAUUACUAUUCAUCAGGCUAUCAGUCACAUUCAAGACAGUCAAGUUUGGAAUCACAACCUGCUGAUUCUAGUCCACAAUUAUUAUCAACAGAAGUAUGCUCACAAACUCAAUAACUGUUGGUAUUAUGCUUACAAAAUAAUCCAAAUGCAAUAAUCCAUUCAUUGUUUGUGUCAAGCAAUCGAAGCUCUAUAUUGACGGAUUGGUUUCCUCCUCUAAUUACAUAAAUAUAUAUAUAUAUAAUAUCAGUAUGCUAUUUUCUAUUUGUAUUCUUCAAAUAUGGUGACAUUGAUCAAGAAACAUAUUGUCCAAUGUACAGUGUAUUCUUCUUCCAUAUCAAAAUCGAUCAUGUAAGCGAGAAAGAGAGAGAGAGAGCGAGGAGUAUGGAUCGAUAAAUAAAUAACUAAAUGAAAUCUUCACGAUUUUUUUUAUUCUUAAUUUCAAUGAAUCAAUAAAUUUUUUUUCAAGACAUCAUCAUCAUCACCAUUAUCAUGUUGUCCAAAAUGUAUAAAAAAAAACAUUUCUCAACAAAUGAAUCAAUCUAUAUUAUAUUUGAUGAUUACAUGAACUGACCGAUCAUAGUGAUUUUCUUUCUUACUAUUUCUCGUCUAUAGUUAAUAUAUAUGUAGAGAGAGAGAGAGACAGAGAGAGAUGCCUUUUUAUAGUCAUGAUGAUGAUGAUAUGUUUUUUUUUAGAAAAAAAUGUUCUUUCCUUAGUAAAAUAUCAAAUUAAACUGUAUUAGUUCAUUUUCCUCUUUACAUAUAUCUAUAUAAAAAUGUGUUACUGUAUUUGCCAAAUGUUUUAUAUGCCAUGUAAAUAAAUAUAUCAGUCAAUAAAACCGGCAACAUACACACCCACCUUUUGUUUAAUGUUUCAAUUGUCUGUUGAAUUUUUUUUUAUUUUCUAUCAUUUCAUGAUGGAUUGAUUGUAUCUCUUAACUUAUCUAUCUAUUCAUCACUUCAAUUCCUCCUAUUCAGUUUGAGUUUGUCUACGCUCUCCGUCUCUCUCUCUCUCUCUCUCUCUC